CCCCUCCUCCCACGCUUCUCUUCCUCCUCACACCAUCCUCCCUUACAAUAACACACGUCAUCCACAACCACCAUGAUCCAUUCCCGGCGCUUGUCCGACAGUGGAGGGCUCACCAUCGCUCCCCACCGUCACCCCCACUACCACAAAGAGUCAAUACCUUCAUCCUUCCCCAUCUCUCCCUCCAUCUCCGUAUCAUCCCCGUACUCUAACGUCGUAUCUACCUACCAGGCUGCAUACACUCCACGCCCAGCCCGCUGUGCCUGGGUAACCCUGCUGACAAAGUCUUCCUAUCUCCCAGGAGUCAUCACCCUCGCGCAUACAUUCCGGGAAGUUGGCUCCGCAUACCCUCUCCUCGUCAUCUGCACACCCCAACUCCCCGCCCGUGCCCGUCGUAUCCUCGCAGCACACGAUAUCCAAUGCCGCGAUGUUCAGCCCCUCGUGCCGAACCAGGGAGCGUACGAGUGGUCAGGCGCGUUCAAGCGAUUCGAGGAGACGUGGAACAAGCUUCGCGUAUUCGAGCUUGAGGAGUACGACAGGGUCGUCCUCAUGGACAGCGACAUGGUCGUAUUGCACAACAUGGACGAGCUCAUGACCAUGCCCUUGCCUUCACGCGACUGGGUCGCUGCGGCGCACGUGUGCGCCUGCAACCCGCGCAAGCUGGCGCACUAUCCCCCAGAUUGGGUACCGAAGAACUGCGCCCACACGAGCAUGCACGGCAGGGGCAGCUCGUCGCUGGCCAACCAUCCCGAUAACAGCCCAACUAGCCCGCGUCCGUAUGGCUCACUCAAUUCCGGGCUCGUCGUCCUCCAUCCGAGCCUCACGACUUCCGAGGCUAUCCAAACCUUCCUCCAUACCUCUCCCCUUGUGCCUACGUUCCAAUUCCCAGACCAGGACCUUCUAAGCGAAUUCUUCCGUGGUCGCUGGCGGCCCCUGCCAUAUGUCUACAACGCCCUCAAGACACUUAGCCAGUGCCACACGCCCAUGUGGAGCACCGAAGAAGUCCGUUGCUUGCAUUACAUUCUGGAGAAGCCAUGGGAAAACCGUCAGGGGCUGUUCCAUGACAUCUGGUGGGAAAAGUGGAUUGUGAGCCGGCAGACAGUGCACGAGCUGUGUGGCGAGAAGGACGAGGAGUACGUCGCGCAAUACGUGACUGCCAAAUAACGCCAUCGGGUCGCAUAUACUCUGGUCCUUCAAUCAAUCUCCCCUCGACUUUUCGAUUUCUCGUUCCAGCACUGGUGCUGGCUCGUUGUAUGCACAUAGACGCAGGCUGAGGAGCGCCUCUGCGGCCGCAAACUCGCCCGCCGCCGUACAUCCGAUCUCCAAGAACUUCAUCUCACCAACCAAAAGUACGCUAAUAUCCCGUGAUCUCUUGUUUUGUAUAUUGGUCACCUUGCUUGUUCUCGUUUCUUCCGCACCAGACGAUCGAUCGUCCCUUUGCAUUCGGGCCCGUCUGGUUUGACGAACCAUCUACCCGAAUUUGGCCCUUGUUCCCCACUUAUAGACCUCGUGAUGCCCUCAACCUGACACUGCGGACGCAUCCCGACCCCAUUAGUAUUCAUGUAUGAUAUCGCGUGCUCUUGUGCGGUAUGAUAGCCGUAUAUAGUAUACUUCGAAC